AGCUGGUGAUGAGUGCAUAACGGUUUUUGCUCUGGUGUGAGACAGUGCUGUGUGAUACAGUGUUUGUUGCUGGUGGGGGUGACACAGUGACAUAGUUGUGUGACGAGUCUGGCCAGAAGUGCUACUACCUCUUGACUUUCAUUCGAAGACCUCCCUGAAAUAUUUCAGGUGACUUUAUAAAUGUCAGGACAGGAAAUUCCAGGUUUGGUGGGUGCAGAUGGGCAAGACGACGUCUGCAUAGUGACACUAAACAAGGAUACUUCUGUCGAAAAAUCCGAGCAGUCCCACACUGACUCGGAGCAAAAGCCUCCUGAAGCUCCAAAGGACCCUCAGCUACUUGACAACUGUCAAGAUUUUAAUAUGCACGAAGAAAGUAUUGUAGGUUUUAAAAGCCCGUGGCUGGACGACCCAGGAGAAGGUGCGUACAGGAGUCUCCAGCAUGACGGAGGACAACACUGUGAUGAUGCAGAGGGGCGCGACACUCUUAACAAAAAUGAAUGUAAAGAAACUAAUACAUUGCAUUCGACAGACUAUAGCACAUCAUGCGGGGACAAGCCAAAGGCUCGCCCAGACCUGGACGAUAGUUACAGCUGUGGUCACAAUCGGCAAAACGAAAUUUCAGAAGACAAAGAUCUGGAUGAUGAGAUUAAAACUUGUUUCGAGUGUCUGAGUGAUACCGUCCCUGACUAUGAAGAGGAUUGGGUAGGGUAUAUUAUGGAGGACGUGAACGAUGCCGAUUCUGUUACUCUCCAGGAUAAAGACAAUGAACCUUGUUUUACGACUAUUUCUGAAGGAGCUUUAGGAUGCGACUCUGAUGACUCUUACGAAGCAGAGUCAACACCCUCGCGUAAUGAUGAAGGAAAUUUUAGCUGUUACUUCUGUGGAACCAUCUUGGCUUCCAGCGGUGAAGGACGAGUGCGUCUCGGCGACCAUAGUGUCUGUGCUUCCAGUAAACUUCAGUCGACAAGUGAAAAUGCCAUAUUCUGUCUUGGAUGCUUCUUAAGGAGAAGGGAUACACAGUUUGCUGAAGACCUGAAAAAUAACGAAAUAUCAUUGGAAGGAGGAAAAAUGUCUUUCCUUGAAGAGGCCACAAGGAAAUCACCCGUGAAAGGGUCUGUUUCAACAACGGUGCCUUCCUUUCUGUGCUCGACCUCUCUUGCAUUGCUAAUGCCGAGUUCGCCCAUUAAUUCCAAAUCCGAAGUUCCUCCUACCGUAACUUGUGUAAUUUCGACUCGACUUUCACACGACGCCGAAAGAGUUUCACCCUCAUCUGGAUCCAUUCAGCAUAGUCCAUUAUUUGCUGACAAAACUUCAGCUCCGCCUUUAGCCUUUGCUUAUCGUUCAGAUAAAUCUACAAAGUGUGUCAGCGCCUCGCUAGUCCAACCUACUAAGGUUUCUUUUUCCCCAGUUAAACCGAGAGGGGGCACCACAACCCCGCCAGUUAAACUUCCAGAGGCUGCCAGUAAACCUUUAGUGCAAUCCACGAAAGAUGUGAGAGAUUUCGCAGUUGACAUUUCAGAAGAUACCAGUGCCUCUUCAGUUCCACCGACGAAGGGUGCCAGGGACCCUCUUGUACCACGAUCGAAGAUAGCCAGGGACCCUCUUGUACCACAAUCGAAAAUAGCCAGGGGCCCUCUUGUACCACGAUCGAAGAUAGCCAGGGACGCUCUUCCGUCACCGGCGAGAGGAGCCAGGGACGCUCAUGUUCCACUGACGAAGAUAGCCAGGGACCCUCUUGUACCACGAUCGAGGAAAAACAGGGACGCUCUUGCGCCACUGGCGGGGGGAGCCAGGGACGCACAUGCGUUACCGGCGGGAGGAGCCAAAGACGCUCUUGUUCCACCGACGAAGGGUGCCAGUGAGCCUCUUGUACCUCGAUCGAAGAUAGCCAGGGACACGCUUGCAUCACCGGCGGGGGGAGCCAGGGACGCUCCUGUUCCACCGAUGAAGAUAGCCAGGGACCCUCUUGUACCUCGAUCGAAGAUAGCCAGGGACCCUCUUGUACCUCGAUCGAAGAUAGCCAGGGACCCUCUUGUACCUCGAUCGAAGAUAGCCAGGGACCCUCUUGUACCACGAUCGAAGAUAGCCAGGGACCCUCUUGUACCACGAUCGAAGAUAGCCAGGGACCCUCUUGUACCACGAUCGAAGAUAGCCAGGGACACACUUGCAUCACCGGCGGGGGGAGCCAGGGACCCUCUUGUACCACGAUCGAAGAUAGCCAGGGACCCUCUUGUACCACGAUCGAAGAUAGCCAAGGACCCUCUUGUUCCAUCAACGAAGGGUGCUAGGGACCCUCUUGUACCACGAUCGAAAAUAGCCAGGGACCCUCUUGUACCACGAUCGAAGAUAGCCAAGGACCCUCUUGUACCACAAUCGAAAAUAGCCAGGGACGCUCUUGUUCCACCAACGAAGGGUGCCAGGGACCCUCUUGUACCACGAUCGAAAAUAGCUAGGGACCCUCUUGUACCACGAUCGAAAAUAGCCAGGGACGCUCUUGUUCCACCAACGAAGGGUGCCAGGGACGCUCUUGUACCACGAUCGAAGAUAGCCAGGGACCCUCUUGUACCACGAUCGAAGAUAGGCAGAGACGCUCUUGCGCCACCAGCGGGGGGAGCCAGGGACGCUCUUGUACCACCAACGAAGGGUGCCAGGGACCCUCUUGUACCACGAUCGAAGAUAGCCAGGGACCCUCUUGUACCACGAUCGAAGAUAGCCAGGGACCCUCUUGUACCACGAUCGAAGAUAGCCAGGGACCCUCUUGUACCACGAUCGAAGAUAGCCAGGGACCCUCUUGUACCACGAUCGAAGAUAGCCCCGGGACCUCUUAUAGCCAGGGACCCUCUUGUACCACGAUCGAAGAUAGCCAGGGACGCUCUUGCGCCACCAGCAGGGGGAGCCAGGGACGCUCUUGUACCACGAUCGAAGAUAGCCAGGGACGCUCUUGUACCACGAUCGAAGAUAGCCAGGGACGCUCUUGUACCACGAUCGAAGAUAGCCAGGGACGCUCUUGUACCACGAUCGAAGAUAGCCAGGGACCCUCUUGUACCACGAUCGAAGAUAGCCAGGGACCCUCUUGUACCACGAUCGAAGAUAGCCAGGGACCCUCUUGUACCACGAUCGAAGAUAGCCAGGGACCCUCUUGUACCACGAUCGAAGAUAGCCAGGGACCCUCUUGCGCCACCAGCAGGGGGAGCCAGGGACGCUCUUGUACCACGAUCGAAGAUAGCCAGGGACGCUCUUGUACCACGAUCGAAGAUAGCCAGGGACCCUCUUGUUACCACGAUCGAAAGAUAG